AUGACCCUUAUGAGAUCGAAAAUCUACGACGAAGAAUUUUUGGAAGGAGACGAUGACAAGUGCAUAACGCGUCUAGAAAAAUUCAGUCCUUUGGCUUUUGGAUCCACCAGGUCGCGAACCUUCGCAGAAAUAAACACCAAAAUCAAAGAUAAACCAAGUGACCAACCAGACUUUUAUAAUUUGGAUAAAUAUAAUUUCAUCAAUCAGCUGUCGAAUAAGGUUGUCAGCAAACGUGGUCUUGGAUACUUUGCUAGUACUACCGUAAGGAAAGGUUAUGAAAACAGAAAUCCAUCUCCAACGAGGUAUCAAAAGGUAACCAAACGAGAAAGUAAACAACAAUUUGCCCCCUUCAACAUUAAAAGCAAAAUAGUUCGUGGUAAACCAAGGGAAGGACCAGGACCUGGUAGCUACGACUGCAAUCUCGAAACGUGCAGAAGAAUUAAAUACAGUAACAAUUUCGGUAACCCAAAAUUGCUGCCUUGUGUGGAAACGUACUGUCUUUACGACCAUAUAGUUGACAUUUGCUCGAAAUGCAAAGACAUUUGUACAAACGAUUAUUGGCAUCAAAAUUUCGAAACGUUCCUGUGCCAUUUGUGCUGGACUGAAGAAAAAUUAACUCACGAGAUAUACCAUAUAGAUAAGCUAAAGGAGUUCAAAAAAAUGAGGACUUGCGGCUACAUUCACACGCACGAAAAAGGUUCCCUGUCGAGGAGGAUUCUACUGCAAAAGGAAGUCGUGAAAAGGACGCAAUUGGAGAACUAUUUGGAUCUACAUAUUUCUUGCUAUGAUUAA